CGUCAAUCAAAUAUGGCCGCUCGUUUCGCCCCAUAGCGGUUUUGAUUGAUUCUGAAAAAAAUAGCCAUUUGAUCCCAAUGUUCUAGUCGCAUGAUUUUGAGCAACCUUACCUGACAAAUGCAAAGAACUGUUUUACCUCGUGCUUUAGUUUACGUGCAAUAAAUUAAAAUCCUACCCAAAGCUAGUGCGUUUCAGAGAGUGUCGCCGCCAGCCGUUUCGCGCAUCUGUCAAAACGUUGAUUCGGCUUGCUCUGGAGCAAAGUUUUAACAAUCCCCCCACUUCCCAGCUGCACACAGUCGUUUUACGGCAAUACGUCAUUCACGGUCUUAUUGCUCGUGGUCGCUUGGUGGUUGGUGGUGGUUCUAAGUAUUGUUUUUAAAUAAAUUGUAACAUAGUUUAGUGCAAUAUCGAUGCGAUGAGCUACAAGAGUAAGGGCAAGGAUCGGGAUUACGAGAGCAGCAGCAGCAAAUCGCGCAACAAUGCCAGCGGGCUAAGCAAGGGCCGCGACAAAGAGCGUGACAGGAAAAGCGAACAGGAAAGCAAGGAGCGCCAUUCGGAGAAGAGCGGCUCGUCCGGUGGGAAGGAGCGGCACCGUAGCCGCAGCCGGGAGCGCAGCAGCGACCGGCGGGACGGUGGCGGACGGCGCAGCAGCAAGGACCGGCACGGGGGCGGGCGCAGGCACAGCCGGACGCGGGACGACAGCCGGGAGCGGGACCACCGGAGGCACCGCGACCACCAUCGGGACCGGGAGCGGCGCAGCCGCAGCCGCAGCCGGGACCGCAAGCACCGUAGCGGCGGUGGCGGUGGCGGCAGUGGUGGUGGCGGAGGUGGUAGUAGCCGGGACGAUCGGGACCAUAGGCACCGGUCGCGCGAGCACGCGGACGAUGGGCGCCGGGCGAUGGAAAGCAGCGGCGGCGGCGGCGGAGGCGGCCUGAUGGACAGCCCGGACCGAUACGACUACAAGAGCAUCGAGUACACGCAGAACGUCAUCUCGAACAUGCUGAUGACGGCGUCCACCGCGAACGAUUUUGCUAAAUUACUUAACAGUUAUAAUCAACAGCAGCAGAUACAGGCGCAGCAGCAGCAAAUCCAGACGCAGCAGGCCCUGUUCGAGCAGCACAACGAGAACAGCUGCUCGUCGGUCGGUUCGAAAGGUAUGUCGGCGCAAAUGCUGGGCGACUUCACAGGCGACAACGGCAACGGUACGCAGGCGAUGUGCAACGGCAACAGCAGCGGUGGCGAGGGCGGCGAUUCCGCCCGCCGGCGCAAGAAAAAGUCGCGCUGGGCCGGUAGCGACCAUGACAAAACGUUCAUCCCCGGCAUGCCGACGGUGCUGCCGUCGACGCUGACGCCCGACCAGCAGGAAGCCUACCUAGUGCAACUGCAAAUCGAAGAGAUCAGCCGCAAGCUGCGCACCGGCGACCUCAUGAUACCGCAGAAUCCGGAGGAAAGGUCCCCGUCGCCCGAACCGAUUUACAGCAGCGACGGCAAGCGGCUGAACACGCGCGAGUUCCGCACGCGCAAGAAGCUGGAGGAGCAGCGCCACCAGCUCAUCCAGCGCAUGCAGUCGCUCAAUCCGGACUUUAAGCCGCCGUCGGACUACAAACCGCCAGUGAUUCGCGUCAGCGACAAGGUGCUCAUCCCGCAGGAGGAGUACCCCGACAUCAACUUCGUCGGGCUGCUGAUCGGGCCGCGCGGCAACACGCUGAAGGCGAUGGAGAAGGACACGGGCGCCAAGAUCAUCAUCCGCGGCAAGGGCUCGGUAAAGGAGGGUAAGGUGGGGCGCAAGGACGGGCAGCCGCUGCCGGGCGAGGACGAGCCGCUGCACGCGUUCAUCACCGCGAGCAAUCCGGAGGCGGUGAAGAAGGCGGUCGACCGCAUCAAGGACGUGAUCCGGCAGGGCAUCGAGGUGCCGGAGGGCCACAACGACCUGCGCCGGAUGCAGCUGCGCGAGCUGGCCCAGCUGAACGGCACGCUGCGCGAGACGGACGGGCCGCGCUGCAACAACUGCGGCUCGAACGAGCACAAGAGCUGGCUCUGCCCGGACAAGCCGAACAUUACGAACAACAUCGUCUGCUCGGCGUGCGGCGGCACCGGCCACAUUGCGCGCGACUGCCGCAGCAAGCGCCCGGGGCACGGUGGGCCACCGUCGGCGGCCGGCGGCGGCGCGGUCACCAAGAUCGACGAGGAGUACAUGAGCCUGAUGGCGGAGCUGGGCGAGGCACCGCCGCCCCAGGAGUCCAACCACGGAGGAGGAGCAGGAGGAGGAGGAGGAGGGUACGGCCAUGGGGGAGGCGGCGGUGGUGGCGGAGGAGGUUCGCGCGGUUCGUACAAUAUGUUUGAGCCGCGGUCGGCGCCCCGACCGCUCAUGGCCACCCCGCACCAUCCGCCCUCCCUGAUGGGCAACUCGCUGUCCGCGCCGAAUGUCGCUAGCGGUGGUGGUGGUGGUGGUGGUGGUAGUAGUGGUGGGGGUAGUGGAGGCGGUGGGUCACAGUCCGGUACGGGCAGUGGAGCGGGCAGCAGUCACCAGCAGUGGCCACCGAUGAUGCCGAUGCCGCCCGCCCCACCGACGCUGCCCAAUCCUCCGCCGCCUCCGCCGACCGUGCCGUCGCUGAUGCAGUGGACGCCACCGCCUCCGGCCGCCGCGGACACGAUGGUGCCGGCCCCGAGCCACCACCACACGUACGGUGCCGGCGUCGCGCCGCCCACCAUGGGCGGCUGGGGCAAAGGAGCCGCCGGGGGUGGUUUGAUCGCGUCCGGGUGGCCACCCGCCCCGAACGGCGGGUUCGUUCCGCCGCCACCGGGGCCGGCCCCACCGCCCCCACCGAUGUCGGGCAUGCCGUCACACAUCUUGGCACCGCCUCCACCACCACCACCCUCGUAAAAAGACACGAUCCAGUGUCACCUUUACUAGCGCUUGACGUGGCCAUGAUUUUCUUACCUAUUUGUUUGUUUGCUUGCUCCCUCCGAAUGCAACAGUAUGCUCAUUGGCAGUAUACUAAUCCCGCGAGGUUCUGUACAUAGGCAUUCGAACGUCAUCCAUUUAGCUGAGUCGCGUUUUUGCGUUACGGUCGCAACCUCCUUCAAGACGUUACAGUCUGUGAGGUCACAACAUUAAUGCAUUAGUUUAGAAUGUUCUUCCCAAAAUAAAACGAAAACACAGCACAGUGCUGCGAAAUACUGUUGAGCGUACGUUCGGGAACGAUGUCUGGAUGCAACACAGCCCUGAGCAGUUCUUUUAACAUCCUGUGUUGUGCGGAAACAUGAGCCAAAUGAUGCUCCCUGGCCAGGAGGCCCCAUUGAGUCUCAGCACGAGCCGCUGGACGAAAUUGUGUGCUGUACAACCGUUAGUAUGGGUUUCGGAAGUAGACGCAACCUGUCCACACCCACACCCAACCAUAAACUCAUCCAUACACCCUGCCGACGGGGCGCAGCGCGGCGAAAAAUCACGUGUAUAGAAACUUGUGUUUGCUAACGAAUCAUUUUCUUCUUCUUCUUUUUUCUUUUUGUGUCACAUGUGUCAGCAGCGUAUAAUCGUGUAAUUUAUGGUUUUCUAUUCAUUUCCCACCCCCACUAAAUAGCUCACUAAUGCAGGUUUGGUUGUUUGCUCUGCGUGUAGAAAGUGCGGAAAUAAUGAAGAAGAAGAAGAAGAGGAGAAGGAAGAUGAAGGUAGGAAUAGCGACACAACAAAAAGGGGGAGGACACUGGAUGAUGCUUGAUCCGUUUCGUUCCCGUCUUUACGAUUACUGACGGUUUAUUUGCGCACGUAUGAAUUGAUAAAUAAACGUAACCUAAUUUUACGAUUAAUAAAUACAUUUUAGGGCAGCCAGUUUUGCCAGGUACUACA